GGUUGUUUUGUGCGUGAGAAAAGAAAUAAUAAAUAAUGAAGUGUGCAGAGAUACUAUUGCUGCUUCUUUGCUUGGAAGUGGUUCGCUUUUCAGCUUUUGCUUCUCCUCCAUCAACUUGCCCUGCUGAUCUUGGAAAGGAAUGCAGUGGCAGUGGUUCUGAUGAAUGGGAAGGGGAGUUCUUUCCCGGAAUCCCCACAAUUAAGUACGAGGGUCCUUCUAGCAAGAAUCAUCUGGCAUUUAAAUGGUAUAAUGCGGAGGAAGAGAUUCUUGGAAAGAAAAUGAAGGAUUGGCUGAGAUUCAGUGUUGCCUUCUGGCACACAUUCCGUGGAUCAGGAGCUGACCCAUUUGGUGCACCCACAAAGUUUUGGCCAUGGGAAGAUGGUACCAAUUCAUUAGCAAUGGCCAAAAGAAGGAUGAGAGCCAACUUUGAGUUUAUAGAAAAGCUUGGAGUUGGAUUUUGGUGCUUCCAUGAUAAGGAUAUUGCACCAGAUGGUAAAACCAUUGAGGAAACUAAUGCAAAUUUGGAUGAAGUGGUAGCUCUUGCAAAAGAGCUUCAGGGAUCCAAAUUCCAACUUUUGUGGGGCACAGCUCAGUUGUUCUUGCAUCCACGCUACAUGCAUGGAGCUGCCACUAGCUCUGAAGUAGGUGUUUAUGCAUAUGCUGCAGCUCAAGUCAAGAAAGCCUUGGAGGUUACACAUUAUCUUGGAGGACAAAAUUAUGUUUUUUGGGGUGGUCGGGAGGGUUAUCAGACUCUCUUGAACACGGAUAUGGAAAGAGAACUUAAUCACUUGGCAAGGUUUUUUGAAGCUGCUGUAGCUUAUAAGAAAAAGAUCGGGUUCAAAGGGACUCUACUGAUUGAACCCAAACCUCAAGAACCUACUAAACACCAGUAUGACUGGGAUGCUGCUACUGCAGCUAAUUUUCUAAGAAAAUAUGGCCUUGUAGGAGAAUUUAAGCUCAACAUUGAGUGCAACCAUGCCACCCUUUCUGGUCACAGCUGUCACCAUGAACUUGAAACUGCAAGAAUCAAUGGGUUACUAGGAAAUGUUGAUGCAAACACUGGCGAUCCCCAAAUUGGUUGGGAUACGGAUCAGUUCCUUACAGAUAUAGGAGAGGCAACCUUAGUGAUGCUUAGUGUGGUCAGAAAUGGAGGGAUUGCACCAGGAGGAUUCAACUUUGAUGCAAAAUUACGGAGAGAGAGUACAGAUGUUGAGGACUUAUUUAUUGCUCAUAUAACUGGAAUGGAUACCAUGGCACGUGGACUUCGAAAUGUUGCCAAGCUGAUUGAGGAUGGUUCUUUGCCUGACCUUGUCCGCAAACGGUAUGAGAGUUUUGACACUGAAAUUGGGGCUCUAAUAGAGGCUGGCAAGGCUGACUUUGAGUUGCUUGAGAAGAAAGCCUUGGAAUGGGGAGAGCCAAAGGUUGCUUCUGGCAAGCAGGAACUUGCGGAGAUGAUCUUCCAGUCUGCAUUAUAGAAGAUGACCCACAUGUAGAGAAAUCCC